CGUUGUCGCCCUGCUGCGUGUGAGUGUGUGUGUUUGUGUGUGAAGGAUCUAGAUGCCUGAGUUUCUUCAGAGUUUGUUUUACCGUUGGCAGCUCUGUAUGUGUGUGACAUUUUGCCGGAUUAGUAAACAACUUCGGAAAAAUGUAUGGUUUUGUGAACUACGCUCUUGAAGUUUUAGUUGUGAAGAAUUUUGGAGAAGAAAUAUGGGAAAGAAUAAAGAAAAAGGCGGACUUUCAGAUGGAAGGACAUUUUUUAGUUAGACAAAUUUAUGAAGAUGAACUAACAUAUAAUCUCAUAGGAGCAGCAGUAGAAGUACUAGAAAUUCCAGCCAAUGACAUUUUAGAGCUAUUUGGCAAAACUUUUUUUGAAUUUUGUCAAGAUUCGGGUUAUGAUAAAAUAUUGCAAGUAUUGGGGGCUACGCCAAGGGACUUUUUAACGAAUUUAGACGCGCUACAUGAUCAUUUGGGUACUCUAUAUCCUGGAAUGAAAGCCCCUUCAUUCCGUUGCACUGAAAGACCAGAAGAUGGUGCUCUUAUUCUACAUUAUUACUCAGAUAGAGCAGGAUUGGAACAUAUUGUUAUCGGCAUCGUUAAAACAGUGGCUAGUAGAUUGCAUAAUACAGAGGUCGAAGUGGAAGUUAUUCAAACCAAAGACGAAAGUGAUCAUGUACAGUUUUUAAUAACGGAAAAGUUUGCACCCAAAAAAUCACAAUUGAAAGAAAUCGACGAAAUAGAAACACUUUCAUUAGAGCCUAAAGUGAGUCCUGCAACAUUCUGUAGACUGUUUCCAUUUCAUAUAAUGUUUGAUCCGGAAAUGAAGAUUGUGCAAACAGGGUUUUCUGUAGCUAGGAUUAUUCCAAAAGUGAAUUCUGUUGGAAGUAAAAUAACUGACAUUUUAGAUCCGGUUAGGCCUCACUUGGAUCUAACAUUUGAAAAUAUUUUGUCUCACAUUAAUACAAUUUACGUUCUGAAAACAAGAGCAGGUGUGAUGAAAGUGAAUGCUCCUCCAGAAUAUCGAAAUCUCAGGCUGAAGGGACAAAUGCUGUACGUACCGGAAACCGAUCUCAUAGUGUUUCUUUGUUAUCCUAGUGUAGUCAGCUUAGAUGACUUAACCAGGCGAGGACUUUAUAUAAGCGACAUCCCCUUACAUGACGCUACCAGAGAUCUAGUAUUAAUGUCAGAGCAAUUCGAAGCAGACUACAAGUUAACCAGAAAUUUAGAAUUUUUGACAGACAAAUUACAACAAACUUACAGAGAACUCGAUACGGAAAAAAUUAAAACUGAUAGAUUAUUAUAUUCAGUACUACCUAUCACUGUCGCGAACGAAUUAAGACAUAAAAGACCAGUACCUGCUAAACGCUAUGAAUUCGCGACAAUUUUAUUUUCUGGAAUCGUUGCAUUUUCCGACUAUUGUGCCAGAAAUUCUGAUUCGAAAGGUGCUAUGAAAAUAGUGAGACUGUUAAAUGAGCUGUACACAAAAUUUGAUGACUUAACUGAUCCUAAAGUGAAUCCAAAUAUUUAUAAGGUAGAAACAGUUGGUGACAAAUACAUGGCUGUAAGUGGUAUACCAGAGCCUUGUGGUACACAUGCUAAAAAUAUAGCAAAACUAGCUUUAGAUAUGAUGGAUCGAAGUGAAACCGUCUUUUUUGACGAUGAAGUGGUGCGAAUUACAAUUGGAAUACAUUGCGGUGAGGUUGUAACUGGUGUCAUAGGUCAAAGAAUGCCGAGAUUUUGUCUAUAUGGAAAUACGGUUAAUCUAACGAGUCGAACCGAAACAACAGGAGAACCUGGAAAAAUAAAUGUGACCAAAGAUGUUUAUGAUAUUCUCUGCCAGGAAGAGAAUUUUGAUGAACAAUUCCAAUUUAAAUAUAGAGGACCUGUUACAAUGAAAGGAAAGUCUGAACCAAUGGAUGUAUAUAUUUUAUCUCGAGCGAGCUCGUAAAUAAUUUAAUUAUUUGUGUUAUCGAAUAUAACAAUCUAUUUAAGCAAUAAAUAUGUCAGUCAUCUCCAAUUUCCAUUAAUUUGAACAAAAACAAGUGAUAGAUUCAUUACAAUUAGGGCGGGGAUUGGAUGGGAAGAGACUUUCUAAGUGGCCAGUAUUUCAAAACUAUCCGACGCGACGUAUCCUUAUCAGCAAUUUUAAUUUUUAGUAUAAACUGUGAAAAAAAAGUACGAACUCACUUUUGGGUUUCUUAUCGAAUGAAAAAUAAGAACAACCGCGGAAGUAUAUUCUCAAAUUCUCCAAAUUCUCACUUUAGGAAUGAAAUCUAUAUAACCCCACUGGAACAAGUACACUGAAGUUCAAAUAAAGUUUAUUUAACAAUAAAAUCUCGUACAACCCAAAUCGUGCUUUUCUUAUCGAAAUAGGUACAGAAAUUUUUUUGAUUAAACGGCCCAGUCAAAAGAUAUUCACAAAAACACAUAAUACGAGGGUGGUACAAAUAUAAGCGGGAAUUUUUGAAUAAACGCGCGAGUCGUAUAGAGACAAUUACAUAAGUCAAUAUAAUUGAGUGAUAACAGUGCAGUUCAUACACUUUAUUUUCUUAUAACGAAACUUGAUCAUAAUUUUCUAACGUUAUCAGCAAACAUGUGUAGAAACAUCCUGUUAACAAAUAUCUACUAUUUCUUUUAUAUUUAAUUGUAUUCAGUAUUUCUAGUUUUCUCAUAAAACCUGAGAAUAUUUCUAACGUUAUCAGCAGACAUAUGUAGACAUCCUGUAAUUAUAAUACAAUCAUUUUGUUACACUUUACUGUAUUCAGCAUUUUUCAAUUUUAUUUAAUGUUUGUUAAUUCAUUGAUACAGUUAGUCUUCAUUCUAUCACCUAUUGUUAUAAUCAUAGAGUUAAUAAAGUUUUUUUAAAAAAGUAAAUCUUUACAUUUAAAAUAUUACUCGCGAAAAAUGUAAUGUCGUAAGAGUGGAUGAUAAACUCAUCUGUUACAAAGCAUAAAGAACUUAUAGCCAUGAGUAAGAAGGAUGUACCAAUUUCUGUUGCGUACCGCAUCAUUAUUCGUUUUUUUUGUCAGAGAUAAUGUUAAAUCCGCGGAAUUUUAUUAAAAUUUUUCGAAAAGACCAAUAAUUGGUGGCAAACUUGAGAGGUGAGAACUUCAACACUGUAGAAAAACUCAUUUUAGGAGACCGACGCAGUACUGUACGCGAUAUGGCUAAAAAAAGUAUUAAGCGUAUAAUUCAUGAAUGGUCACUGCAAAAUUUCACCCAAAUAGAUGACAAGACUUCUGAAUUUAGAGUAGAAAUUCAACUCUGGGAAGUUUGGACACGUCUCCUGCAGUGGUAUGAAGAGAAAGGAUUUAAUAUUCGCCACACUAUGUUCCGGAGAACAAACGCGUGUCUAUAGAGUGGAGGAAGAAAGACGAAGGCGCGCCAGUUGAAGCGAAGGUAACAUUGUCACUGGGGAAGGUGUUGUGUACCGUAUUUUUGGACAUGAGCGAUAUUCCAAUUUGUAGUGCGACUAUCUAUAAAAAAAUUUAGCUCUGUAACUUAAAAAUAAAUGUUUUAUAUCAAAA